CAGGCAGCCAGCACCCCGCACCGCACCGCCAUGCUUGCCCUGGAGGCUACACAGUGUCCGACCAUGCCCCUGCGCCUCUCCCCAGCCAGGCUCGACCCGCCACACUUCAGCUGCCUGCAGUACCCAGACAGCAUCUUCUAUGACUUGGAUAGUUGCAAACAUACCAACUACCCCGACGCAGAAGGAGUCCCUGACCCUUCUUGGGGCUGGACUGAAGCUCCACCUGCCCCUGCCACCCCCUACGAAGCCCUCGACCCAGCAGUGGCCGCCUUUGGCCACCCCCAGGCUGUCCAGCUCUGCUACGGCCCUUCUGCCUACAGCCCAGUGGGGAGCCUUGACUCCAUCCCCAGCCUGGAGGCCCCGGGGCCCGGCCUCCCCACCUACCCUCCAGAGGACUUCACCAGCCAGACCCCUGGCCCCCUGGCCUACGCCCCGUACCCCAGCCCUGUGCUAUCUGAGGAGGAAGAUUUGCUGCUGGUCAGCCCUGCCUUGGAGGUGUCAGACAGCGAGUCAGACGAGGCCCUCAUGGCCGGCCCCGAGGGAAGAGGAUCUGAGGCAGGGGCGCGCAAGAAGGUCCGGCUGUACCAGUUCCUGCUGGGGCUGCUGACCCGUGGCGACAUGCGGGAGUGCGUGUGGUGGGUGGAGCCUGGCGCCGGCGUCUUUCAGUUCUCGUCCAAGCACAAGGAGCUGCUGGCGCGGCGCUGGGGGCAGCAGAAGGGCAACCGCAAGCGCAUGACCUACCAGAAGCUGGCGCGCGCGCUGCGCAACUACGCCAAAACCGGCGAGAUCCGCAAGGUCAAGCGCAAGCUCACCUACCAGUUCGACAGCGCCCUGCUGCCCCCCCCACGCCGGGCCUGAACCCCAAGGAGUCCGGGGAGGGGUGGGCCUGGGGAGGGGCCCUGGCUGGACCCCUCCGGAGACAGCUGAGCAUCUGUGGACCCCUAUAUGUGGGGACCACCACCCCCGAGCCCUGCCCAGGGCCUGCUGGGAUUCACACGCAGGGUUGGGUCACAGGCUCCGUGGACCACUCUAAGGCUUCCUAGGGAUCCCCCUGGUGAUAUCUGGGGUCCCCCCAGCCCCAGCCAGGUACCCACCACAUCCCUCACCAGUACCUCCCAUCUCAGUACCCCACAGAGGCUGCCAGGGGAGGGGGGGGUGAGAUCCAAAGCAGCCUGGUUAUGCCCGGGGGUCUUCGGGGAGCCUUUGGAGGCCUCAGCUCUGUCCACCUGUGACUUGUCACAUCUGCCCCCGACCUGGCCCCCCAUCAUUUGCCAUCUGUGAGAUCCUCAUUCUGCUUCACCUUUCCCAAAUCUGGAAUGUUCCGGUGGCAUCCAGGGUCCCCUCUGCUCUCUGUGGGUCCUGUCUGAAAUGACCCCAUCAGGCCUGGGUGUGGUGGAUCUCUGUCUGGGCCCCUCUGGGGUCCGCUUGUCCAAUCUGGGAUGCUGUUACCCCCAAGGCCCACCUCGUGCCCCCAGUAAAAACCAGCGCAAAGCCUUGCACUGUCAGGACAAAGCUGGCUAUUCCAAGGGUGACCUCCUCCAUGACACGCACAGGGAGACCCCAGCUACUGAGCUGAUUUCUGGGUGCCGAUGGCCCUCCCAGGCCAUUUCCCACCGGAGGUGAAGCUAGCUCACCCCCUCCCUACCACCUGGGCAAAGUCAGUCCCUGGAGGUUUUUGUUUUUUUUUUCCUUCACUGAAACUUGGUGUGUGGGGUGAGGGGGACAAAUGAUCAUGAUCAGCCAACCUGACAGCCGAGAGAGGUUUUGCUCAACUCCAGUUUCUAGCUUCCCCUGAUUAUCGUGGGCCAGGGCGUCUGGAGCAGGGCUGUGCCCCCGUGUCCCAUUUCCUGCCCUGACUGACUCCCACCCCAGCUGCCUGUUUGGCCCCCACCAUUUCCGCUUCAAUCCAGCCGUUGCUGAAGCCAGUGCGAACUUGGAGGCCUCUUGGGGGGCCCCAGGGGGUCAGAAGUCCACAACUGGGGGCUGCAGAGGGCUGGUCUCAGUUGGUCCUUCUGAGGAAGGGGACGAGGAGGGCUCCAAAAGCCAUGGAGCCAUAUUGAGCCCCGAGGGUGGCCCUGGGGAGGAGGAAGGAACGCCAUGGACCCAGAACGGGGACAGGCCCACAUGUGGGCACAGUGUGGCAGGUGGCCCAGCCCCGGGCUGGGGCGUCCCUCGAGAGAAGGGGGAAAAGGAGGGGCGGGGCGUGCAAAUGUCUUCUUCCCAAAGAUAUGCCCUACAGAACCUGACAUCUUCGUCCUACACGUGAAAUAAAGGAAACUAAACCAGG